UGUUUAGGCCGGAGUUCUCUGGUUGAUGAAACGCGCCACAAGUGUGCGAGUUGUUCCACGGGUUUCGUCUAAGCACACACACACACUCACGCACACACCGCGUUAACAAGACAAAAAGAGCAAAACGCACACACACGGAGAUCCCGCACAGACGUAUCUCCUUGAAAAGUGUAUGUACGGUGGAAACCAGCCAUUGUGUCAGUGUCUUGUGCCAAAGAACGUGUGUGUAACUCUAUCGUGAAUUAUUGAUUUUCGUUGGUGAAUCUUGUGACUAAAGUGUGACUUCAUCAAGUCAGUCAGCCGGGAUUUGUUCGCCAUUUCUCUUCUCUUUGUACGACACACACGUAAACAUGGAUCGGCCGAUUUUUCCUCUCAUGCAGUCUGGAACGUUGGAAUUGAGUGGCACGGCCCUGAAACGUUUGGAAGAAUUGAAAAUCGGUGGCAUUGACGUGACAGCCAUGGCUACAAUGGACGCUCUGAAGAUGUUGCGACUCUCUGACGUGGUCAACGGCAACAGCAGCGAUCAGGUGGUGGACGAAUUGACGGAUCUGACUUCAGCCAAAUUGUCGUUGGCCGAAGCCGAGACGGAAGUGGAGUCGCUGUCGGAGCACAGCAGCGACAGCGACAGCGGCUACGAUUUGGGCGGCGAUGGUGAUCUCGAAGAUGUCAGUUUGGUCUCUACGGCUUCGGUUUCUGGCGGUUCGCUGUCUAGCCGGAGUAGCGUCACCGGCGGCAGUACGGAAUCUUUACCUCUGGCUGUGGCGGCCGCUACGGCCCAGCAGCAGCAGCAACAACAGCAGCAACAGCAGCGCUUCGCCGUUUUGAGCUACGAGCAGGUGUCGAGACUUCACGACGUGAUGAACGAAACGGUGCUGAUCCACGGCCGGGGCAACUUCCCGACUCUGGAGCUGCGCCUGCGCGACCUGGUAACGUUGGUCCGGGCCAAACUGGAAGCGGACGGCGUUCCGGUCAAGGACAUGCGGCUCAACGGCGGAGCUGCCUCUCACGUCUUGGCGCUGGAUCGGUGCCAGCCGCAAGCGUACAACGAUUUGGAUCUCAUCUUUGGCGUCGACUUGUCUUCUGCCCGCACGUACGACCGCAUCAAAACGGCCGUGCUCGACUCGCUCCUCGACUUUCUGCCGGCCGGAGUGUCUCGCACGCGCAUGCUCUCCUGCUCUCUCAAAGAGGCUUACGUCUCCAAGAUGGUGAAGGUGACGGAGGGCGAUCGCUGGUCGCUGAUCUCGCUGGGCACGAACCACCGCGGCAAGAACGUGGAGCUGAAAUUCGUCCACACGAUGCGUCGCCAGUUUGAAUUUUCCGUCGACUCGUUUCAGAUCAUUCUCGACUCGCUGGUGCUCUUCUACGACUGCGCCUCUACGAUGCCCAUCAGCGAGUCGUUUUACCCGACGGUCGUGGCCGAGUCUGUUUACGGCGACUUCCGUCAGGCCCACUACCACCUCCAUCACAAGAUGAUCGCCACCCGCAAUCCGGAAGAGAUUCGCGGCGGCGGUCUGCUCAAGUAUUGCAACUUGCUCGUCAAGGACUACCGCCCAGCCGAUCCCGACCAGAUCAAGACGUUCGAGCGCUACAUGUGCUCCAGGUUCUUUAUCGACUUUCCAGACGUCGGCCAGCAGCGGCUCAAGCUCGACAACUACCUGUGGAAUCAUUUUGUCGGAGCUGACGAGGCACUCAAGUACGAUUACCUCAUGAUCCUCUACAGCGUCGUUGACGAGUCUACCGUCUGUCUGAUGGGCCACGAACGACGACAGACGCUGUCGUUGAUUCAAGAGCUCGCCUAUCAAGCUUAUUACGCUGAUCAGCAGCAGCAACAGCAACAGCAUCAUCAGCGGCAAAUGCAACAACAACAACAGCAGCAGCAGCACCAACACACUGCCAAUCAUCCGGCCAGUUAUGAUCACGCGCCCGUCUACGAGGUGCGCAUUUCCGGCUGCCAGCCGACCGUUGUGUAUUCGAGCACGGGUGGAUACUUUUACGCUCCUGCCGCUGCUCCUCCUCCGCAGACAUCACUGCCUCCGCCAGCUACCACCAGUACUCCUCCUCCGGCUACUAGCACUACGAGCACGGCUAGUGGCAGUACGACAGCAGCCGUGACGACACCAUCGCCGCCUAGCGUCACAACGGCCACUCCCUGCUAUCCGUGCUCACCUCCUUGCGCUUGCUCCUGCGCCUGGAUGGCUUGCUCCUAAAAAUGAGAAACCAACCAAACAAGAGGAUAGGGGGGAGGAGGAUAUCCUACACCAAACAACAAAAACUGCCCCGUCCUAGAGGUUUUUUCUUUUUUUUUUUUUUUUUUCAUUCCGUCUGAACUGACGAGCACAGAGAGAGAAGGGUUCCUCUCUGUCUUCCAUCGUCGCGUGUCUGGAAAUUCAACACUUCACACGUCGUGACGCCUGGUGUGUGUUUACACGCAAGUGGAUUUAUGUUCCUUUUUUUUUCUCUCUCUCUCUCUCUCUCCCCUACGCCGACAAAACUAUCGUCGUGGCGUUCUUCUUGAUCCCUUUCAGAAGAAAAUGAACCAAACUCGUAUUAAAAAAGAAAAAAAAAAUUCGACCUUCCCAUCUCUUUAGCUAGAAUUCUAUAUUUUGUUCUGUGUAGAUAAAAAACGUAGCGAGUGGCAGCAUCAUACAUUUAAUCACCACCACCAUUUCUUUAAAAAAAAAAAUCAUCUUCCCCCUAAAAAAAAAAGGAAAAAAAAAGAAAACAACCCUACUGUUGCUGUGCGUGUGUGUGUGUACGUUAAGUGUAUGUGUAUGCCAAGGUUUUUUUCUUCUUCUUCCUUUCUCUCUUCUUUAUAUGUCUGGCUCACUUUAAAAUUAGUUUUUUUUUUUUUCAGCUCGUCCCCUUCUUUUUUUUUUAAUGUUUACCAUUUUUCGACGAGGUCGUCUAGGUAGCAUCUCUUUUGUGUUAGGUCCAACUACUUUCCCUUUCCCCUUCAGCAUCCUCUCUUUUGUAUCCGUGCAAGGUGACCCACUUCUGGAACACUCUCCCCUUCACCUGCGGAGGAGGGAGCGAUCUCUACAUAUAAAAGACUGACCUUUCCCUUUGAAUAGGCGAGUGGAAAAUCCUGCCCUUCGAAAA